CGCACUUUUAAGACCUUACGUCUUGACAUGCUGUGGACCUGUCCUUGUCACAUUCUGUAGAGAGAUUCUGGCAUAGCACGGCUGCUGGUUAGUUAAAUAUAACUGGGAUAUCAACAUACAUGAGUGGGAUAUCAACUUAUCACUGCUAAAAGAACAAUGUUUGAACCUGCUGAGAGUCAGUAUGUGGUGUCAAGACCUAUUUACUCAGAAGAAUCCUUCAAGAGACAACAUGAAAAAAUAAGCAGAAAUCAUAAAACCUUUUUUGAUCACCUGCGCAUGUUCUUUGGAUGUUCCUCUGAGAAAGCCAAAAGAAUAGCCUUUACAUUUUUUCCCAUUGCCUCAUGGCUUCCUAUGUACCAAAUUAAAGCAUGGCUGGUCAAUGAUAUUGUGUCUGGGAUCAGCACUGGGCUAGUAGCAGUCUUGCAGGGACUGGCCUUUGCACUUCUGGUGAAUGUUCCCCCUGGAUAUGGGCUCUAUGCAGCUUUUUUUCCUGUUAUCAUCUACUUUUUCUUUGGAACAUCUAGGCAUAUAUCAGUAGGCCCUUUUCCCGUCUUAAGCUUAAUGGUUGGUACUGCAGUGCUCAGAUUAGUCCCUGAUGUUCCUAACAGUAAUAGUACAUAUAUAACUACUAUAGACGCAGAGCGUGUUAAUGUGGCAGCAUCCGUGACUGUGCUUGCAGGAAUCUUCCAGUUGGCUUUAGGACUACUCCAAGUGGGCUUCAUAGUCAUCUAUUUAUCUGACUCCCUGAUCAGUGGUUUUACAACGGCAGCUGCCAUUCAUGUUUUAAUAUCUCAGUUAAAGUUCUUACUUGGACUAACAGUUAAAUCAUACAGUGGACCUAUAGCAUUAUUUUACACUUUGAGAGAUAUAUUUACACAGAUUACAGACACAAAUAUUGCUGAUCUGGUUACCUCGAUAAUCAUCAUGGUUGUAGUGUUUGCAGUAAAAGAGAUUAAUGACCGUUUCAAAGCAAAGAUACCUGUACCAAUUCCUAUUGAAGUGAUUAUGACUGUUAUUGCAACCGGUGUAUCAUAUGGAUUUGACUUCAAAAAUAAAUAUAACGUAGGCACUGUUGGGACACUUGCAUCAGGAUUUGAGGCUCCAAAGGCACCAGAUAUUAAGGUUUUUGAGUCCUGUGUUGCUGAUGGAUUCUCCAUUGGAAUAGUAGGAUUUGCAAUCGCUUUUUCUGUUGCUAAAGUGUAUUCUAUCAAGCAUGACUAUGUCAUCAAUGGUAAUCAGGAAUUGGUAGCAUUUGGAUUAAGCAACAUUUUUGGUGGAUGCUUCAGAGGGUUUGCUGCUGCUACAUCUUUGUCGAGGUCAGCUGUCCAGGAGAGUACAGGAGGCAAAACCCAGAUUGCUGGUCUCUUGUCAGCUAUCAUGGUUAUGAUUGUCACUUUGGCCAUAGGAUUUCUUCUUGAACCAUUACAAAAGUCUGUUCUAGGAGCCUUAGUUGUUAUCAAUUUGAAGGGAAUGCUUAUGCAGUUUAAUGAAAUUCCACCGCUCUUUCGGAAAGAUAAAAUUGAUUGUUUAGUAUGGGUGGUGACAUUUUUAGCUGCAGUUCUACUUGGCCUUGACCUUGGACUGGCAGCAGGAUUGGGAUUUGAACUUCUGACCGUGGUGUUUCGUGCACAAUUUCCAAAAUGCAGUCAAGUGGCUAAUAUUGGUGGAAGCAACAUUUACAAGAACAGAAAAGACUAUAGAGAUAUACAUGAGCCUCAAGGAGUGAAAAUAUUCCGAUGUCCUGCUCCAAUCUUUUUUGCCAACAUAGAUUUUUUUAGAGACAAAGUUAUUGCUGCUGCUGGAAUUAACCCACUUAGGAUAUUGCGAAAGAGGAACAAGGCCUUAAGAAAAAUCAAGAAGCUGCUGAAGAAGGGCGAACUUCAUAUAACACCAAAAGGUUUAAUCAGCACUUCAUAUGACUAUAAAGAAUCGGAUGAUGAAGAACUAGACAAUAACAGAGUAGAAGAGCUGGAUCAGCCUAUAAACACUUCUGACUUGCCGAUUCAGAUAGACUGGAAUGCAGACCUACCAAAUAACAUCAACGUUCCUAAAGUUGACUUUCACAGUUUGAUUCUUGAUUUUGGAGCAGUCUCGUUCCUCGAUAUAUCUGGGAUGAAGGGCCUGAAAGCGGUUUUAAAAGAAUUCAUUAAGAUUGAAGUGGAUGUAUACAUAGCUGGUGUAGAUGAUAACCUUUUGGAUAAACUUGAACGUUGUGGCUUUUUUGAUGACACAAUACAAACCUCCAUAAUUUUUCUUUCUGUUCAUGAUGCCGUGUUACAUGUGCUUGUAAAGAGGAACCUGGACAGCUUAGCUAAAGCAAAAGAAGCCGAGGUUAAGGAGAAGGAAACAGGAUUCUAUUCAGAUGAAAAGAAUAGCAGCAUCAAAAAUCGAAAUGUCAAUGAUACUAUUUCUGAUAUCUGAAUGGAUAAACCACAAGUUCAUUUUUAUGCAACCAGCUAACCGGAAAAGCAUUACAAAAUGUCGAUUUGCGAGAGCUUUCUGAAAGAUGUGCCUUUAUUACAUAUAUAAUUAUGAAACGACUUCGGAGUUUUCCGAUAACUUACAGAUUCAUACUGGCUUAGAAACAAACAUGUUACUACUAAUUUACAACUUGAUUAACAACACGUAGAUCAUUAUAUUAUUUAUUAUACCCUAUGGUUUUAGAACCCAAAAGUUAUUGAAUCUGUACUUCUUCUGUCUGUUAAAUCUAUCAAAAGUAUAUUUUUAUUUUUUAUUAGUAGUAAUAGAUACCCUGACACUCUCUUGCAUGAUAGGUAUUUUGUGCUAGCGAGUAAGCAAAAAUACCUGCUGCUGAACAUCCGGUUAGAUACCAUAAUAUUAAUGCCCUGGACUUUAGCUUUCUAUCUUUCCAAGACCUUCUGGCUUUUCUAGCGUAUGAAUUCUUAAAUUGUAACCACAAUGGGAUAUUACUAUUCUGAGCAAUAACUAAGCCAAGUGAAAAUCACAGUAUCACAGGUACUUUUAAAAAGUGUGGAAUGACCUUUAGAAUGACCAUCAAUUGAUUAACCAUGCUCUCAAAGCAAUAAGAAUAGUUAAUACUGUAUAUUGGAAAUAUUAAACAUGUUGACAAUAAGCGUUGUGCAAUGACAGAACUGCCCACUUUUAUACUAUAUUUACUAUAACAUGUCUUUACAUACAUACAGCUGGAUUAAUAAACACCUUUGCAUGAGAAUAAUGGCCCCUACGGUCACAUGACCUGUCAAAGAUAUUUAAGUUUUGAUGCUAAAACAAGCAGUACAUUUUUUGAAUGGCAAUCCAUACACUUGUCUAUUUUACCAAGACAUUCUACUAGCCUACAUGUGGGAGAAUUAGCAGCAAUGUAAACAAAAACACACUAAAAUUUUCCAUGCCAUAUUUCUCUUUUCCCACAAAAUGAUUCUGCUGUAGCAAAAGCAAGAAACAUAAAUAAAAUACUAAUUGAUAAACUGAUAGCCUUAGAUGCUGAGGACAUAACACUCCUAAACUUCAAACAAAUUAUGUGUAUUUUUAUAGGGGUAUAAAAAAAACCUAGUUAACCAAGGUCAAGAACCACCACAUCAUCCGCCCCCAAAAUAGGCAUGCUCAAGACUUUCAUUAUUAAAUGGAUCAAAGAAUAGCAAUUUAUCUUCCUCCAUCUAAUAUAUAGAUGGAAAAUAAUGUUAAUAGGUAAGGGCCAUCGAAAUACCUAUUCUCUACGAACUUGGCUUCGGAGUGGAGGGUAGUAAAUUA